GCGGAAUUAAAGGCCGUUUUUCUUCUCUGUUGGAUGCCCUGUACCCGAACCAGGGAAAAAGAAUAUAAAACACAUUUCUGGUCUAUAAAGGAAUUAUGGCCGUUUUGGAGCAGUCUUUACCACACGGGGAUGAUAAUGAAGCAUAUAUGGUGAAGAAGACACGAUCAUUGCGAGCUCGAUACGUAUAUGGUUUCAUAUUCCUUUCAACAAAUUUAUUAGCUUGGUUUGUCCGUGAUUAUGGCUGCAGAGUUCUCAUGAGACUUCAACCUACUAGAGUAUGCGAAGCUCAAGAAGAAAAUUUCUUUCAUGUCAGUGGCGUUCUUCGUGUGAGUUUAGGUUGUUUUAUAUUUUUCAUAUGUAUGAUUUUCACUACAUUUGGAGCUAGGAAUUUGAACCAGGCACGGAAUGCAUGGCAUUCUGGUUGGUGGACUCUGAAGUUCUUCCUGUACUUGAUGUCAAUAAUUGCUGCAUAUGUAAUACCUGUGAAUUUCAUCCACAUUUAUGGUGAAGUCGCUCGUAUGGGAGCAGGGUAAUUUUGCCAUAUCUUCAUCUAAUAGCAUUAUCAUUAUCAUUAAUAUCAUCCCAAAUAUUUUAUGUCGGUUUUGUAAAUCCUUUUUUAAUGUUCAUUCAUAUUGAGUACGAUCUGAAUUGCUAACUCUAUUGUUGCUAAGUUUUUUUGUACUAGUCAUAUCACUUGUAAUUCCAAUUUCUUGAUUUCUAUGUUUAUAUUAUCCUCAUUAGGUGUCACUCUGACAAUUUUAUUAGAUUAAUUUCUCAAUCAUCCAUCUAUCAUCUCAACAUUCUUAAUUUUCUACGGGGCAUUUACAUACAUACCACACAAUUCUUAUGUAUUUACAUUUCUGACAUAAUUUUUUUAUAUUUGUAUGCAAAGCACUCAAAACUUUAGCAUCGCUUAAAAAAUGUCACUAUUACCUACUUUUUAAAAGUGAAAUACACCUUUUCAUGCAUGGGCUAUUACACCAGUGUUAUAUAUAUAUAUAUAUGCACCGUGUUCCCAGGUCAAUUGGUAGGCAUUUGCUUCGUUAGUUGUAAAUCCCCUCUGGUCUGGGGUUCAAAUCAC